AUCUUAGCGAAGCACAUGCCGCCAAUUCGCAAUUUCGUGUAGCGAGACUUGACUGCUGAUAGUUGCCGUACUAAGCCCGAAGCCGUCAAACCAUGGCACCAAAUUGUGAGCGUCAACCACCGGGCUGCCGAUGAUCUAACAGAUCAACGAGCAUGAGGUUAUGAAGAGCCAACAACAAAAGCACGUACGACUCUGAACAUUUCGAAGCGACACCUCACUCUGUGUGCCCUCACGAGCCAGAAAUCUCGGACCGACCACUCGUUCGAGCAACCUCCAAAUUCCCCCUUGCUCCCAUACUCAUUCUCUUGCUACGCCGACGUGCAUCGACUCCAUGGCAUCAGCUCCUCACACAUUUCAUUCUACUCGAGAUUUCGAUAUCGCACCCGAAGUGUUCUUGAAUCAUUUUCUGCAAUUGCUAACAAUGGCCUUCUUCAGCACCAGACGUGUAGUUGCAUUCGCCCUUUUCGUAGGCUUGUCAGCCAGUGUUGACGCGGCGCCGACUGUCGCAGAGGAUCUCAGCGUCGAUAGCUUUUUGGCCAAGGACGUAUCCGGGGAGGAAGGCUAUGUCGAUGCUAUCUCCCAUGUCGACGCGGAAGACGAAGUGGGAGGCUGGGAUGACAAGGACAAGCACGAUGACAAGGACAAGCGCGAUCACAAGGACAAGCACGAUGACAAGCCCAAGCAUCAUCCCCCUCCGCCCAAAACAACUACCACUACGAGGCGGCCUACAACAACGACAACCCACAGACCCCCGUCGAAGCACCUUCCACCUCCUCCAGUGAAGCACAUUCCCGCUCCGCCAGCAAAGCACGUGCCAGCACCGCCAGCAAAACACAUUCCACCGCCACCAGCGAAAUAUUCACCGGCGCCGCCUGUCAAAGGAGCACCAGUUCCCGUCCCAGUUCCGAGCCCUGUGAUGACAAAAGCGAAAUUCAAGAAGCUCUUGCUGCUUCUGAUGCUCGGCUCGCAACGGUUCAAGAAGAUCAUGUCGGAUGAGGACCACAAUGGUGUGGCUGAGCUUAUUCGCGACUAUGAUUCGGGCAAGCUCGAAGAUCUGGAGCACGUGCUCUGGGAGUCUUACCAGGAGAGCGCUGGGACGGAAGAUGACUUCUCGGCUUUCAUUCGCCAGCUGCAAGAUGCCUCUUCGGCGUAGUGGAGGGCCCAGCCGUGUCGAGGCUUUCUGCGUUGAAUUUUCGGUAGUGCUGAACCGUGCUUGUGUGCCAAUGGUCAUUUGAAUGUAUUUGUUUCAACACACGCAACCCCAA